GUAAAGUCUCACAUCUUCAACUCACACGUGAUAGAGGGAGAGCCGAGGCUGCGAGGCGAAGGAGGCAGAAAUCCGGAGAUCAAGCCGGCUACGAUCGCGAUUUCAAGCGUUCAGUGAGGUGAGCAGAUGCGUGGGAUGGAGUUCACGCCUGGGGAACGUUGCAGAGUCGUGGUUGGCGGAGCUCAACCUUGAGAACCAACAGAGCAGGCAGAGCGAACGCACGCUGGUUCCUGUACACUUCCGCCCGUCGAAUGGAGCAAGGGAACAUAAAAAACAUGGAUGAGAAGGAAACAGCAGACAAGGUUCUGUCCUACUCUUCUGGAACGAGUUCCAGAGAUGGGUCCGCAACAGACCUGCUGAAGGCGGUUUCCGACUCAAUGGGACUUUAUAUGGACGACUUGCUUCCUCAGUCUGAGCUGACUACCGCGUUGGAAAGGAAAGUUGAGAGUGACUCGGAGAAAAGCAGUAUUUCCCCCAAACAUCUAGAGGGCAUCGCCUUAUCUUCUGUGUCCAGUCUCAGCGAGGCGACAGAACCGUCCACGUGGACCAACUGCGAUUUAGGUUUGAGUGAAAGCAGUUCUGAAGGGAUAGGAGCGGGGAAACAGCCCAUGCCCCCGGCUCCCGUGGGUUCCUGGGCGCUGAUUAACACAGAUAGGAAUCUCCCCAGUGAUCCCAAACAGCUCAAAGUUUGUCCCGGGGAGAACUUAAGUUCGAUAGAGCAAAGUAACAUCCCCGCCACUCUGCAGUCCAUGAAAUCCGAAAUCUGCCUGGAGAGAGAUGACGCCUGCCACUCAAGCCCCCGAGGGCAAAUGUCACCACUGAAUAUUUUGCGUUUUCCCUUCCUGCCGCUCAACCCCAUCUAUCUGGCCGCACGCACCCACCAACUUCUUACCACGGACGAUUGCGACCACGCUCCUUACAUCCCGGACAUUUCCAGCUCGUACGGUUAUGCCGAGGCUGGCGGCUCUCCCAAUGCGAAGGUUGAAAGGAACAUGCAACCCGAAUCGCAGCCACCAAUGAACAUGAGCCAGGAAGCCGGCAACACAUUUGGUUACAUGCCUUCCAGUUAUUCCCCUUAUAGCGACUAUUCCAUUUCCCCUCAACAACAAAGACCCAUCAUGAGAGGCGAACCUCUUGAAGAUGCCGUCAUGUUUAAGACUGAGCCCCUAGAUUCCUACGGCCUCUCGCACCAUGAAGCGGGACUCAAUUGCAGCUUCUUGGUUCAAGAUGACACCAUGCCGUCUACUUCUUCAGCUCCCGUGACCUGGUACCAACCCAUUACAUAUCUGGGUUAUCAAGGUGGAACUAAACCAAUGGCAGAGAGUUAUUCGCAAGGCUACUCUCAGUAUACUGGCUUGAUAAGGGGUUCAAAAGCUCCAGCUCUCAAAUCGGUCAUUUACCAAAAUGUAGAAUUUUUAAAGCCAGAGAAUGGAAGAGGCCACUUUGCCCCGGGACUGAGUCUGCAGAAACUCUGUCUGAUCUGCGGUGAUGAAGCCUCAGGUUGCCACUAUGGAGUCCUUACAUGUGGAAGUUGUAAGGUUUUCUUCAAGAGGGCUGUUGAAGGGCAACAUAAAUAUCUAUGUGCAGGAAGAAAUGACUGCAUCAUUGACAAGAUUCGCAGGAAGAACUGUCCAGCCUGUCGCCUCAGGAAGUGCUAUCAAGCUGGAAUGGUGUUGGGAGCCCGAAAGCUAAGGAAAUUCAGUAAAUUAAAGAACAUCGGCAACAACCCAUCUUCUCUGCAGUCCGAAAUGACACUUUCAAGUGUCAGUCCAGUCGCAAUGCCAAAGAUCACAUUACAUUCCGCUGGAGGAGUCCAGUUCACGCCGACACUCGUUUCCAUUUUACAGAUAAUUGAACCCGAAGUUGUUUAUGCAGGCUAUGAUAACAGUCAGCCGGACUCGUCUAACUAUCUGCUAACCAGCCUGAAUAGGCUUUGCGAAAGGCAGCUUGUAGCUGUUGUUAAAUGGGCCAAAUCUGUACCAGGAUUUCGGAAUUUGCACAUAGAUGAUCAAAUGACCCUCAUUCAGUACUCGUGGAUGGGCCUGAUGGUAUUCGCAAUGGGAUGGAGAUCAUAUAAACACGUCAAAGGAAAGAUGCUGUACUUUGCUCCAGAUCUGAUUUUUAAUGAGCAACGAAUGCAAAAGUCGGCGAUGUAUGAUCUGUGUAUAGCAAUGCGCCAAAUCUCACAAGAAUUUAUUCAUCUUCAAGUAACUCAAGAGGAAUUUUUAUGCAUGAAAACCUUAAUACUGCUUAAUACAAUUCCCUUGGAAGGACUCAAGAGCCAGUCCUACUUUGAAGAGAUGCGAAGAGACUACAUUAGGGAGUUGAGCAGAGCCAUUAACUUGCAGGAGAAAAGUGUGCAGAGCAGCUCUCAACGUCUUUACCAGCUCACAAAGCUCAUGGACUCGAUGCAUGAACUUGUCAAGAAGCUGCAUCAGUUCUGCUUGAAUACAUUUGUUCAGUCCCAGGCGCUGAGUGUGGAGUUUCCAGAGAUGAUGUCAGAGAUUAUAACCACACAGUUACCCAAGAUCCUGGCUGGGCUGGUGAAGCCACUGCUCUUCCACAAGAAAUGAGGAACUUUCUCUCUUUGCCAUGUCUGACUGCCUCGAUCACGGGCAGGAUUUUUUUUGCAUUAUGCAAGCUUCAUUCUAUUUUUGUGACCAUGACAGUACUGCAAAUGAAAAUUGUUUGCAAAAUUGAUGACAAAAGGUUUAGCAAUGCUGUUUGGCAUCAGUGAUGGUGGAAGCUCAUUGUCAUAGCUGCACUAUAUGUUUUAUAAGCAAUGAAAUGUGAAUUUAGUCCCGUUGUUUAAUGUGUAAUUUUCAGAUCAAAAAGAUUUUGUAUCUUUUGGUACUUUCUGGUAUUUUGUAACAUUCGAGUUAUGUAAAGUUUCUGCAUCUGCUUUAAUAUUAAAUGGAAAUGCUAUAAUCUUCAGAUUGAAAAGCUGCAUAACCCCCAAAAUUUCUUCAUCUUAUUUCAUGUGCCAUAAAUAGUGCCGGUCCUUUUAAGUGGCUUUACAAGUGGUCUUAAUUUAUUAUUUCCAAUCAGAAAUCCUUGGCUAUGUUUUCUUCUUUUCAUCUUCUGCCUCGCCCAUGAACUGUAUUGGGUGCUGCUUUGGUGCUGAAGAAAGGAAACAUUGCACAGAUAAAUGUAUCACCAGCUUGUUUGUUGAAAGAUAUUCAGUGUGCAUGCAGUUUGGGACCUUUUUGGUUGCUCAGGGUUCCUUGGGUUUUAAACGCUACUUUGCCUGUAAGAAACUUUCAGUAGUCUCAUCUUGUUUCCAUUCAACUAAUAAUUGAUAAUAUGGCAAUUCACAAUGUUGAUAAGAAAAAACAAGUAAACGGAAGUUUCACCAUGCCUCCAGCCAAAGUCUAAAUUGUGCAUAAUUGGAACUGGUGAGUUAAUUGAUAUUACCUGCCAGGUUUGUAAAUCCCAGUUGCAGAUCUAUCAAUGAAGCCUCUAUAACUUAAAGUGGUGGCACUGUGUUCUCCUUCCUCAGAGAAUAACCAUGGGAAUCUCUCAUUUCGGCUGAGGUGAAAAAUCAGCAUAUGCAUUCAAACAAAUCAAGAACCUGGAUGAUGUGCUUAUAAUGCUGUUGAAGUCCUCGCCUGCUCACAUACUUAACCCAAGCAUUGUGUCCUGUAAGUCAGGAGAUCAGUAUACUUACAAGAUUAGAUUUCCAUUGUGGUUUCAGGAUCAGGGAAGCAAGUUUACCGCAUGUCAUGUAACGAGCCCUUUUAGACUCUGCUUGAUAUGAUAUUUAAACUUCUAUUGUGAUUGCACAGAUCAGGAAUCGAAGGACUAAAUAAUUGUGAGCGUGCAUUCACAUUUCGAAAUAGGACAAUAAUAUAAAUUAAUCGGUGAUUAUGUUCACC